AUGACAGGUUUGGGAAGCAAGUUGUUCUGCAAGGUGGGGAAGUUCUGCGAACACAUCCCCGUGUUCCUUAACACCUUCCUGGUGUUCUCGAUCACCGGGGAGGUGAGCUACCUGGUGCUGGUGGGGGCUCCACUGGAGGCGGAGCAAAAGGAUAGCGUGUGGUCCAGCUGGUGGAAGGCGCUGCACCUGCUGGGCCAGUAUUUCAUGCUGGGGAACAUCUGCUGGAACGCCUUUCUCUUCCUGAAAACCAGUCCCAGCAUCAAGGGGGUGUUCCUAGGAGGAGAUGGACUGGGACAGGGCUGGAGGUAUUGUUACACCUGUGAGACACACACCCCUCCACGCUGCUCCCACUGCUACGACUGCAAGGUCUGCGUCCUGCGGCGGGAUCACCACUGUGUCUUCUUCGGCCAGUGCGUCGGCUUCCGCAACUACCGCUACUUCCUCAGCUGCUUGCUCUUCAUGUGGUCGGGGCUCCUCUACGCCAUGGUGAUGAAUGCGGAGGUCUUCAUAGUCAUCCUGAAGGAGGGCGUGACUCUGCACAGCAUCCUGCUGCUGCUCGUACCCUGGAUCAUGCUGGUUUCAGGCCAGGUCUCGGCGCGGGCCUUCGCCUUUGCCUUCAUCGCUGACACGUGUGUGGUUGGUUUCCUGCUUGUCUCUGCCUUCUUCUUCUUCCACCUAUUCCUGCUGUUUCGAGGUCAGACCACCAGGGAGUGGUACUCGUCUCGCCGCCCGUACAACCUGGGUCUCCUCGGCAACCUGAGGCACAUGUUGGGCCUUCGCUGGUACAUCUGCUGGCUCUCCCCGCUCAUCCCAUCACCGCUCCCUGGAGACGGGAUUACCUUCCAGGUCACAGGAUCCCUGGAACCCUCCCAGUAGCAUGCAGAGGUCUGAAAAGACUCGGAGUCUUUGGUUUAUUGUUGAUGGUUAACGCUGACAAAAGCAGCAGCAAGAGCGUUUGCUUAUUUUAAGAGGAGCUAGCUUUGGAUGGGGGGAUGCUUCUGGGGUUUUGUGGUUUGAAGUUCAUUGUCCGCCUUUUAGCUGAGAAGGAGAAUCGGGUUGACAAGAAGAUAAUCUGUGCACUGGUUGAGGCUCGCCUCAUAAAAAAUGACAGUUCUUUUACGCCACUGAGCAAAUGUUGUGAUUAGCAUUGCAGCGAGGACGAUCGGUAAUGUCUUAACAGUAAAUGUAGAAUAUGAAAUCUUUGUUUGCAGCCUUUUAGAAAAAUGGGGUGUUGUAGUUAUAAUUAGAGGGGAUUUUUUCCUAUAAAAAAAAGCACCCUGAAGCACUCUGGAAAAAAAUAAUCUUGCUCAGAUUAUUAUUUUUGCACUUUUCAGGAUUAAAACUGAGCUUAUUUGCCCCGUUCUGUCCAGAUAAACUGAAAUGUUUUUACUAGGGGUUGCACAUAGAAACCGGAUGGUGAUCUGAAUCAUUUUGGAAUGAUCAGUCCUGACAAACUCUCAUUUUUUUUUGAUCUGUUAACACCAGGCUGUACUAACUACACCAAUCUUCAGUGUAGAGGCUAUCACUAAGUGCUGAAGGACCAGAGGCUUAUUCAGUAUCAUUAAGGUAUUUAAAGCAGAGGGAAACACUGACAUGUAAGAAAAUGUUUAGAAGGAACUAAGUUGCCUUGAUAUGCUAAAAGCUGUGGUUUAAUUGGGCUAUGAGAGAGAGCUUCACCCUAAAGCAUGAAGGCUUCUGAUUGUCACAGGAUAUGCUGGAUGUAGAGCCUUCAGCUGCCUUUUGAAAUCCUAGUUAACAUUUAUGUUCUCUGUGAAAUAUGCACAGAGAAGGAUGUGUACAAAUAUUAAUGUUAAUUGUGCGAAUCGCUUAUAUAUGAUCUGUAAUCCUUUUGUCCUUUGUUAGAACUAAUGCUGUUUUUUUGACUGCCUGUCACAUG